AUGGCAGCACCCAAAUUAGUUGCAGGAGAGAGGCUAGUGCACUUCUUUGACCUCGACGGCACCUCCAAGGGGGAAACACGAUCAUGGUCACCCAACACCCUCCCUAUUCGUGCCGUGCUGAACUACAAAAAUGCUCCCUAUACGCAAACAUAUGUCGCUUUCCCGGACAUCGAGCCUCUGCUCAAGUCUCUGUCCGUCCCUCCACUUGUCGGUGGUCGGAUACCUUACACUCUACCAGCAAUUCUGCAUAAACCAUCCAUUGAGACCGAGGGUGCGACGCUCAACGACAGCUUUGCCCUGGCAGUGCAUCUCGAGACCAUCUUCCCGCCGGAUGCAGGAUACAAGUCUAUCUUUCCCCACGGACAGGCCAGCUAUGCCCUGGCUGUUGCCGUGCUGAAAGUGUUCCGCAGCAUUUUUGUACCGGCCGUAGGGUUUUGUCUUCCGGCUGUGCCCAGGUACCUGGAUGAACGAAGCCGCGAGUACUUCUACCGUACGCGGAAGGAGAUGCUCGGCAUGACUAUUGAAGAAUUUGAAGCCAAAGGUGAAGCGCUGGAAGAAGCCUGGAAAAGUCUAGAGACCGAGAUUGGGGUCUUGGUGAAGAUGUUAAAGGGGCGUCCUGGCCCAAAGAGGAACCGUGGUCCGUUCUUUGAGGGAGAGCACCCUGGAUAUGCUGACAUGGUGCUGUUGGGCUUCAUGGGUUGGUUUGCGAAGAACUCAAAGAAUGAUUGGGAGAGGCUGGUGCAGAUGGGUGACGGGGAGUUGAGAAAGGUCUGGGAUGCAGGGCACCAGUGGCUCGAGGCAGAAGGACAAGACGUGGAGUAUGAGAUUCCAAAAUAA